AUGGGAGUCCAGAAGCUACAAGUCGGCAUGGCCGGUCUCGGCCGCGUCGGCAAGCUGCAUGCGAUCAACUUCCUGCAACGCACCCCCCGGGCCCAGCUCGUCGCGGCCUUCACCCCAGACCAAAACGAAAUCGCCUGGGGACGCAUCAACUUGGAGCCCCACGGGGUCACUUUGUACACCGACUAUGGAGAGAUGCUGAAGCACCCCGGGCUCCAAGCUGUGGCUAUUGGAACAGCCACCUCUGUCCAUGCCGAAGAAGCCAUCCAGGCAAUCGAGAAGGACCUGCACGUUCUCUGCGAGAAGCCCCUUUCCGUCGACGUCGAAGUGUGCAAAGCCGUGGUCGAGGCAGCCAAGAAGAAGCCUCAUCUGAAGGUGAUGUGCGGCUUCUCGCGACGAUUCGAUGAGUCUUACCGCGACGCAUUCGCCAAGACAGAGCAAGGUCUCAUCGGACGGCCCUCAAUUAUCCGCAGUCAGACUUGCGACAAAUUCGACCCGUCCGGUUUCUACGUGGAGUAUGCAGCCUGGUCCGGCGGUGUUUUCGUCGACAUGUCCGUGCAUGACAUCGACCUCACCCUGUGGUUCUUUGGCGACGAUGCGAUCCCCAAGAGUAUCUCAGCCCACGGCAUCACAGCCGUGCAGCCAGAGCUGAAGAAGCAUAAGGACUAUGAUAACGCUGUUGGCAUUGUGGAGUUCCAGAAUGGCAAGAUCGCCUACUACUACUGCACCCGCAUGAUGGCCCACGGCCAGGAGGACACCACAGAGAUCAUUGGCACGGAGGGCAAGCUGACGGUCAAUGGAAACCCCCAGCGUAACUUUGUCAAUUAUUACCACGCUGGCGGCAUCACUCGUGAGGUCCCGCCGAACUUCAUCGGUCGCUUUGGCCCGGCUUUUACACAGGAGGCCAACGAGUUCACGGCCGCAUGCCUGGACAACACCCCUCUUCCGAUGAAGCUCACCAAUGCUGUCAAGGCGGUUGAGAUUGGGUCUUAUCUUCAAGAGGCGCUUCGAAGUGGCAAGCAGAUUCACUUUGAUGAGAUUGGUCGACGGAUCGAGGAGUCGAAACUGUAA